AUGUGCUUCAAGCAACGCCGCGAGAACGGCAUCAGCCACUCCAUCCACCGCGCUCUGACGAUAGAGCCCGACUGCGAAGGCAAACACCAGCAUGGCUGUACAGAAAACGUGCUCUACUUCUUCCUGAUCUGGGAGCUGCGCCUCGUGCGCAUCUCCUCUCAGCUCUUUCGCAACCUGCGCGACGAGGUGUGGAAGAUUGACGAGGCGGCGUAUUCGGCUUCCUUCCGGUACGACAAGAAGUACGGCGGGCUGGUGCCGAUGGGAGAUCUGGGGUAUUCAGGAUCGACGUUCUUCCGCACCGCGGAUUCAAAGUAUCUGGUCAAGAGCCUUCCGCGCAAAGCAGAGCACGACUUUUUCAAGGAAGAGCUGCUCUCUCCGUACUGCGAGUAUAUGAGCGCCAACCCGGACUCACUGCUGGUGCACAUCACCGACUUUCUCGGCACGUCGUCGCCAACACUCGGUACUCUCUUCGGAUGGUCGCCGUCACACCACGUGAUCAUGGAAAACGUACUCUGUGACAGAGACGAAGCGUCCGAGUUGGACAAAUGGGAGACAUAUGAUCUGAAACCGGUAGAUUACUUCUACCCGGAACGUGAUCUGGUGCCAGAGCCGCUUACCUCGCGCACGGUAAUGUCACGGCUCUACGAUGAAUUCAAGGAUAAAGUGCGGAUCACAAAGUCGCAGUUCCAGUACCUGCGCGAGCGAUGUGAUCGAGAUAGCGAUCUGCUCAAGCACAGCAAUACGGUGGAUUAUUCGCUCUUUCUAGUGCGGUAUCCGUCGGGUUUGGAACCCUCGAUGCCGAUUCAGACGGCGAGCGAGUGGAGGAAGGGGGUGAUGUCGGCAGAUGGUAGGUGGAUAUAUAGGGCUGUGUUGCUGGAUUUCUUCUGGGCGAAGCAUAAACUGCCGGCGCAGGCUUUGACCGGUGUGGUGCAGACGUUCAAUGUUGUUGGGCGCAAGGGGCCGAUGUCUAUCACCACGACGGCAAGCGAGUACAAGGAAAAGUUCAUGCAGAUGGUCGACGGCCUGGUAGAGCUUCACGGAGACUAA